GGCCUGAAGAAGAGCGUGUGGCAGUGCUCGCGGCCUCGUCGGGCGUCGUGGGCGUCGUCAGAGCCUGGCAGCGUGCGGUCUAAGCGUAAGCGCCGCCUCCGCCGACCGUGGCUCCGGUCGCAGCCACCACCACCUGCCCGUUCCAAUGUAGUCAUCCUCCAGCCGCCUAUUGAUUCCCCCAAACCUGGCCUUCACCCGCCUCGCCGUUCCUUGCUGUGCCCGUGUGCUGUCUGUCUCUCUCUCUCUCAUCCCAUCCCAUCUCGUCUUCUUCCUCUUUUCCCCACCACCGCACUCCCUCCAUCCCUGUGUUGUUGCAGGUCCCGCUUGGCUUUCAAUGUGCGCGCUGUAGUUCCAUCACCCCCCUUCGCGCCUGUCGUCACUCCUUUGCCCGCCCUCCUCCGUCGCUGCGUCGCGCGCCUUCCGCCCACAACCCACCACCGCCCACUUACGACCAGCACCACCACCGCCGCCACCCCUGCUACUGCCAUGUUUUGA